AGCUCAUCGUCUUCGACCGCGAGCUCGCUGUUCCCCGCGUGCCCGCGAGUAUUUCCGAAUAACCCCAUCAGGCGGCGUAGCGAGGCACAAAUUCGAGGCGGUAAACAGAACAGCGAGCCCCAUGUCACACGCAGGUUCAUACGAUUCUUCUCUCUCUCAUUCCGUCAUGACCGAAGACGAGGAGGACUGGGAGGACUAUGUCAAGGGCGGCUACCACCCGGUCCACAUUGGCGACUCCUUUUCCGACGGCAGGUAUGUCGUCCGCCGAAAGCUCGGCUGGGGGCAUUUCUCGACGGUCUGGCUCGCGAGGGACACCAAAAUGAACCGUCACGUCGCCCUCAAAGUCGUCAAAUCAGCGCCGAGGUACACCGAGACCGCGCUCGACGAGAUCAAGCUUCUCCAGCGACUCAUUACAUCUACGCAGCCCCCAGUCUCACCUACGCCGGAGAACCCCAAUCCCCCGCUGUCUCCGUCGCAGACGCACCCUGGUCGCUCGCAUGUCAUCUCAUUCCUUGACCACUUCCGGCACAAGGGCCCCAACGGCACGCAUGUCUGCAUGGUCUUCGAGGUGCUCGGCGAGAAUUUGCUGGGGUUGAUCAAACGCCAUCAGAACAAGGGUGUGCCCAUGCCCCUUGUCAGGCAGAUUGCGAAGCAAAUCCUGCUCGGUCUCGACUACAUGCACCGCUGUUGUGGUGUAAUUCACACAGACCUCAAGCCUGAAAAUGUGCUCAUUUGUAUCGAUGAUGUUGAGUCUAUCAUCGAGGCGGAGCUCGCGGCCCAGUCCGCAUCGGCGACGCCGCCACCGACGCGUCUUGUUGGCGUGCCGCCUUCACGCGGGCGCGGCGGGAACCAGACACCGCGCUCCGAGUCCGUGUUCAUCACGGGUUCACAGCCGUUGCCUUCACCAUCGUCAUCCUUCGGUUCCACAUCACAUCUCGACCGCUGGUCGUUCGGAAUGAGCAAGAUCGACGGUGACGGCGGCGUGAGUGGGCCCGCAUCCGUGGGCAGCGCGGAUGCAGUGCGGCCGCUAGACAAGCGAGCAGACUCGACAGAGCAGGCCGCCGAGCGGAUGUCGGGCGUGUCUCUGGAUACAUCGCCAUUCGGCGAGAAGUCGAAACCGAGGCCGGCGGCUGGGCCGUCAUUACUUUCGCAACAGGCCUUAGCAGCGGGGUCUAGCACUGCCCCGCAGCCAGUGGCAGGCCCCUCAGGCUCACGCUCAUCACCACCACCGUACACAUCGGAACCGGGCAGCUUCCAGGAGGGUCUGGCGAUGCCAGCAUCAAGUGCCAGCGCUAUGUCGGUAGAUGUUCCCCCACUAGACGCUAUGGAGAAGAUUACAGUCAAGAUUGCGGACCUCGGGAAUGCGACGUGGGUAGAGCAUCACUUCACGGAUGACAUUCAGACGCGACAAUACCGCUGCCCUGAGGUCAUUCUUGGCGCUAAGUGGGGGCCUAGCGCAGACAUCUGGAGUGUGGCUUGCGUUCUCUUCGAGCUCAUGACUGGCGGCGACUACUUGUUUGAUCCAGCAUCAGGGUCGAGAUACAGCAAGGACGACGACCACAUUGCACAGAUUAUGGAGCUGAUGGGCGAGUUCCCUAAGAGCAUUGCGUUCUCUGGCAAGUACAGCUCAGAUUUCUUCAACAGAAAAGGGGAAUUGCGUCACAUCCAGAAACUGCGGUUCUGGCCGCUGGACUCUGUGCUCCACGACAAAUAUCUACUUCCUAAAGACGAAGCCGAUAUGAUUGCGUCGUUUCUGACCCCCAUGUUGCGUUUACACCCCGACAAGCGUGCGCCUGCUAGCGAGCUCGUCCAUCAUAAGUGGCUCGAGGACGUCGUGGUUCAGGGCGAAGUCGACGUCAUGCGGCGUACAGAGGAGGAGCGUCGGCGCAGACAAGCACUAGCCGCCGGUAACACAGCCGCCGACAAGCAGCCGAUGAAGGAUCCAGAGGCUGAUGCGAUGAAGCCUGUCGAUGCGGAGGAGGCCCAGAGUCCACAAAGCAUGGUCCUCGGCGGAGACCUUGACCGCGUGGUCCCCGUGCCCAAGUUGACCACGCCAGUCCCUUCGACCGCGGGCGCAAAAGAGAACGCACACGCUAGGACAGGAAGCUCUGGAAUACCAACCUUACACGCGAUACCAACAAACGGUAAGACGCCUGCGGGCGCGAAAGGGUGACCACCCUUGUCGUCCACUCGCCCGGCAGCAUCUUAUCUUACGUGAAGAGUGAUAGAACGUCUGCUGUUUUGUGCUAUUGUUGGAGGAUACUCCAUGCUCGAGUUUGUUGUUGUGUUACGCCGUUACGAUGUUAGCUUCACACCUAUUGUACAAAUGUAUUUACUACGUGCCUGCUUGGUGUACACUUUCGCCCUGUACUCCGCACUUUUGUACGUUAGGUACUCCAUAUACCGUGACGAAGCAAGUAGAAGUCCAUUUCUGUUUCAUAACUUC